UCAGUGUAUGUCUUUGAAGAACAUCUGGUGGAAACGCUCCUGUCAGACACCCACAGCUCCCCAAUGACACUCUCUACCUAUCUAGACUUGAUCCUCUCUCUACGCUGAGUGUGCUCUAACCGACUCACGAUCAUGUCCGAUGAGGAACAAAGAGCGAACAGGAGCACGGAUGGAUUCAGACCAGGAACAGACCUCUGGGUUCUGGGUAACUUUUCACAUAAUAAUUCUGCAAACUUCAGCGACGUCGGCGAGAACAUAAACGUGCCGGUGCAGAAGAACUGGCUGGCUUUGUUGAUCCUUCUGGCCAUUGUCGUCACGGUGACGGGCAACAUCCUGGUCAUCAUGGCCGUGAGUCUGGAAAGGAAGCUGCAGAAUGCCACAAACUACUUCCUGAUGUCGCUGGCUAUAACGGACAUGCUUCUGGGUCUGCUGGUCAUGCCCGUUGCCAUGGUGACCAUACUUUACAAUUACACCUGGCCCUUUCCGUUUGGUCUGUGUCCAAUCUGGAUCUACCUGGACGUGCUGUUCUCCACAGCCUCCAUCAUGCACCUGUGCGCCAUCUCUUUGGACCGCUACGUUGCCAUCCGCAACCCUAUCCAGCACAGCCGCACCAACUCUCGGGCCCGAGCCCGGGUCAAGAUCACAGCUGUGUGGACUAUCUCUGUGGGAAUCUCCAUGCCUGUUCCAGUUCUUGGCCUCCAUGAUCGCUCCAAAGUCUUCAAAGAUGACAGCUGUCAGCUGACAGAUGACAGUUUUGUCCUGAUCGGCUCCUUUGUGGCGUUCUUCAUCCCCCUCGUCAUCAUGGUGGUAACGUAUUUCCUGACAAUCGGCGCCCUGCAGAGCCAGGCCACGCUGUGUCUGGACCAGCUCGUAGCACGUCCCAAGUGGCUGUCCAUGCUGGAUCUUCUCCCACGGGGGUCUCUUUCCUCUGAGCGCCUGUUCUCUCGGACAUCGCUCUGCCCUGACACUAUGGUCCCAUCUACCAGGCCGGUCAUCCGGCGCACUGCACAGUCUCUCAGCAAUGAGCAGAAGGCCUCCAAAGUCCUUGGCGUGGUGUUCUUCCUGUUUGUAGUUAUGUGGUGUCCGUUCUUUGUUACAAAUGUCAUGGCGGUGACGUGUGCCUCUUCAGCGUGCAACCCAGCGCUCAUGACCGGCCUACUCAAUGUAUUCGUCUGGGUGGGAUAUUUGUCUUCUGCUGUCAACCCACUCAUCUACACACUCUUCAACAAGACGUACCGCACAGCGUUUGCUCGCUACAUGCGCUGCCAAUAUCGUGAGCCAAGCAGGCCGCUCCAGGUCAUCCUGGUCAACACAAUCCCUCCUUUGGCAUUCCACUCCUCCAAACUUCCACUUCAGGGAGAUGAUUCUUUAAGACAUUCGAAAGAGGACAGCAGCUUUGGGACAACUUCCUACAUGAACCAGGUAGAAUCUAUGAACAAGCUUGGAAGAGAUGAGAUGGUGAGUCCAGUCUAAAAUUAUUUAAUGGACAAAGAUUGCUCAGGAUUCUGGAAAUAGUGCUACGAAUCUCAAGGACUAAAGCAGAGAAUGUGCCAUUUAAAUAUCACACUUUUAGUAAAUGCAAUUUUACAGUGCUGUUGUUGUUGUUUAAAGAUGGUCCCAGAAGGUGGGCUGCUCGCUGCAGUGAUUCUUAGGGAUUUGCUCUUUUAAUGAAAAAAGUGUCUGGCUGGGAAACACAUUCUGAAAAUAUGAGACUUUAUUUCCUCAUUAUUUAUUUAAACCUGUGCACUGAAAUUGUCUUUUGUUCUUUUGUGCAUUGCCAGUUUGAUAGCUAGCUUUCUUUUUUUUUUUUUUUCAUCCAACUGACCCUCUUUUGCAUAAUCUGAUUUCUCCAGGGUUCAUACUGAAUUUUUUUGAGGACGAUCAGAAAGCUGCUUAGAAAAUAUUUUGUGUCAUGUUUGCUUUUAAAAUCCUGGGUUCACAGUCCCAAGGGAAAUCUAACAUUGGACGGUUUAAAGGAUUUUAAGGAAUGUAUUCUGGGGAACAAUACUCAAUAGAAUUUGAACUUUGUGUCAUAAUAAAUACCUGUGUAUAAAUAUGAAGUGCAUGUGGGUA